UGAGAGGAAGUGGAAACGUGGGAAAGGAGUAAGCGUGUGAGGAUGAAGGGAAGGGGUUAGGUUGGACGACUGAUUAAAAGACAAAGUCCAAGUCUUCCCUCCAAACCACUACUUUUACAAACUAUAUGCAAUGCAUACCUCAAAUUCCGUUAUAUUUUAAUCUAACCUCUAUCACUAUACUAUGCCGUCAAUAACAACAUCAUUAUUCAUUGCUAUGGACUAAGCCAACCAUUAUUCCACCACCACUCUCCAUCAAAUUCAUCAUGAUAUUCUUCCCAUAGGCCAUAGCUAAAACCAACUUACCUGAUCUUCCAUCUUUAAUUAAUAAAUCCACACAUGGCCAAAACCAAAAACCGAAUUUUCCUAUGCUGUUUUGGACCACCACCCGACACAGCAUCCACUAAUAAUAAAAAGUCUGACCCAAUAAUCAAGAAACGGACGAGGAAGAAACGCAGCUGGAUUUCAUGGCUCAUCAUUCGGAUCCGAAAUACUUCCUGCAAAACGGUGCCGCUUGAAGAUCAUUACUCCAAUCCCAAGCCCAAGCCACCAAAGUCAACUCUCCGUCACAAUAAUAAGCCUCAAGCUCCACCACCGCCGUCGUCAAUUGUGCCUCUUCCGCCACAGCCGGCUACUCCCUACUAUACCCCUUCGCAGACAAGGCACGGGGCGAGCAAAAAGAGAACAGAGGAGGACACGCGUCAACAACGAAGAGAGUCUCUGAAUGAUGAAGCAAAACAAGAGCCAACAGAAACGAAGCAGAAAAAGUCGAAUAAGUACGCGCCAAUGGUGGGAAUGUCCAUAAUAGUGGUCAUUCUGGUCAUAAUGGUGUUUUGGGGUCGCUUAUGUGCCAUACUCUGCACUUCCGCAUGGUUAUACUACAUCCCCCAUUUUAAGACGGUCACAACUGCCGCUUCUCAUUUGCAACACGACGUCAUCCAUGUGGACGUGGAUUUAGAUUCGGAGGAUUACAAGAAGAAGGUAAUCAUGGAGGGACUUCUAGACAGAAAGAGAGGGCUCACUACUAACAAAUAACAAACAAACUAAUAUUAUAUAGGUUACUUGCUUGUUGACCUCAUCUAGUCCCAUCCUUUUAAUGCUGGCUAGGCACUUUAUAAUUUUGUGAUCAACCCAGAAAAAAAAAAAGUUAGUUCGGAAGUA